UUACUCGAACUUUCUACACUGCAUUUGUUGAUAUCUUCCUUUUUGUCACCUCGACGUCACUCUUUCAGUUGAAACAGUCACGUAAUUUCUCUAUCCGUCGUCUAACUUUUGACUCCAGCGCACACCUUACAACAGAAGUCACAAUCAUCAUGUCGGACGGUGAUUAUUACGAAAUUCUCGGUGUUCCCAGAGAUGCCAGUGAACAAGACAUCAAAAGAGCUUACAGAAAACUGGCACUAAAAUGGCACCCUGAUAAGAACCCAGACAAUCUCAAGGUAGCGGAGGAGACAUUCAAAGAGAUCUCUGAGGCGUACGACGUGCUGUCUGAUCGAGAGAAGCGAUAUGUGUAUGAUAGAUAUGGAAAGGAAGGGCUGGCAGGAGAAGUUUCAGGAUUUCCAAGCUUUAAUUUUACUUUCCGAUCGGCAGAGGAAAUUUUUCAAGAGUUUUUUGGGUCCAACAUGUUUGACUUCUUUGGUCAUACAGCAGGUCAUCACGGACCGAACGAUCACAGACGAAGAAAUCGAGGUGGUCACGACGUGUUUGGUGGAUUUGGAGGAUUUGGAGGAUUUGGCAGCAUGUUUGCUGGCAAUGGGUUUGCUGAUGGUGGAUUCAGAUCAGUUUCAUUUGGUGGACCAGGGUUUUCUAGCAUGUCUAUGUCUACUAACAUGGGAGGAGGUGGAGGUUCAUUCACUUCUACCUCGACAUCAACGCGUGUAGUCAACGGUCGCAAAGUAACAACCAAAAAAACGGUAAGGAAUGGCGAGGAGACAGUGGAAGAGUUUGAAGACGGCGUGAGGACGCGAUAUGUCAUCAACGGAGAGCAACAAUCGCUCCAAAGGCUGACAGACCACUGACUCACACUCAACUAGUGAAUAUGCUCUACUUGUAGACUCUAGCUAGAAAAGUAGUUGUCGUUUUGGGUUAGAUUACUUUAUUAUCCGUCCACGGCUUCAUUGCAGCAUUACUUUCUUUCUAAAUUGGUAAUUUAGUGGACCGACAUGUGGCAACUAAAAAAUUUUUAGUUGUCUGUCUGUCUGUUUGUCGUUUCUU